AUGGCCAGCUCCGCGCGUCUUCCCGGAGAGCUCAACGACGAGAUCAUCGCGUUCGUAUGGCCCGACAAAGAGACACUCUGUGCCUGUUGCCUCGUCUCUCGGGAGUGGCUCCCUGCCAGCAGGCAUCAUCUCUUCCGCGCCAUCACCCUU